UGCCCGACACUGCUUACCAUCAUCUUUAGUUAACCCACGACUCUUCACUGACAAUUUCUUAAUCGGUGGAUCACCGCUACCCUCACCAACACCUCGGAACCAAGCUUCCGAAGAAGUUAUAACGCGCUGUUCCGGCUUCACUAUUACUACUUACUUACAAAACUACAAAACGCGUUGAAUGACGAACUACAAAAAGUUGGUAGGUAACUCGGUUCUAUCUGUCAGUGCGCCUCUACAUCCUUUCACUCGUAUCGUUCACCAUUACCGGCAAAAAAAGCGGAAAUUGAAGAAGAACCAAAAAACAUACUAAUAAUACAAAUUCGACCAUCACCUGUUGUUCAUUUCGCAACUCCUCGUGCAAGUUUUUGUAAUCGAAUGUUGGUGUAAACUUCGAGGUGUCGUAUCAAAUCGCAAAAAUGUAUAGAACCAACAGGCCGAAUUUAAAAGAAUAGACGCCAACAGUGAAAUUUGUAAACAAUGAGUACCAUUAAAUUUAGAAUAAAGUGCUUUUUAUUUGUGGGACUGCUUUCAAUCAGUGAUGUAUUUACCAGCAAAACAGAACUCGGCAAAACCCGAAGAGAGUCCAGAAAACUGUUCGGUGGAUACAGGAUAACACCGAAACACUGUAUUCCAACACGAACAUUAAACAGGUUAGAAGGUCCCACAGUAUGCAUGUUCAACCACGAAUGCAGUCAAAGAAACGGUCAUGUAGUAGGCACCUGCAUGGACGGAUUUCUGUUUGGAGCGUGCUGUCAACUGUCAGAAGAUUUAGUAGGCGAACUUACAUUAAGUGAAGAACAUCCUGCUCAGGUUCCGAGUAAUAGCUUGAACUUUGUAAAAGACACAUCGUCAUCGAAGAAACCGCCAGUUUAUGGUCCGUUCACUUCAGGCGACGAUGACAUUGCUUUGGACGGAGUUUCAAAAAUAACAGCCGCAUUACUUCAUCCCGAUUUGAUUUUGACUGCAGAAGAAAACGAAACCUUGCACGUAGGGAAUUUCCACGCUCAAUUUUCAACCACAGGAGUAACUCAUCCCACAGCUCCGGACACAUUCAUUCUCAAUCAAAACGACAAAGACAAUACUAUAUAUUCUGAUUUAUUCAACAAUCCCUCCAGUCAAUUUCUCCCCGCAGAAGAUCGAAGGACCACGUACACGUUACCAGAAACAACUCCAUCAUACUCCCACCACUCGUCACCAUAUAUACAAAUCUCAAUAUCAAACUCUCCAAUAGAAUUUCUUAGUCCCACUGCAGGGCUGAAACGACCUUCAUUUAAACCAAAACCUUCGCUUAGUUCGGACGAAUAUAUUCUCGUGCCUACCGUGACACACAAACCGAACAAAACAAGCGACAGUAUUACUCAAGAAUCUUCCUAUCAAAGUCCUGCAUCGACAGCAUUUUACACUAAGAUGUCAUCAUCGAAAAGACCACCGAUCACGACAUGGGCCACAACUCCAAAAAGGCCACCGUCUACUUCGUACGUAUACAGUUCAACUCCACUACCUCCUCGACCAGGAACUCAAAGUACAAAAGCAAAACCUUCUUCGACAGUAACCUAUUGGUCCAGUUCUAAGCCAAGUGCUACCGUAACAUAUGGCGUUUCCUCGCCCAAGCCAUCAUUUCAAAAAAUCUCGAGCACCUUAAGACCCGCCUUUCCAUCGUACUCGGACCACACCACGCACAAAUCUCCACUAACAUCCCACACAUACACUACUUCAUACUCCAAACAACCCCUUCUUGUGUCUAACCCCUCCAGCUCUUAUUACAAUACACCAUCCCAACACUCCAGUUCAUCCACCAGCCCCCCGCCGACAAUUAUAGUUCUCGGUCCAUCAGAAGAAUAUUCAUCACCGUUGCCAUUAGACCCAUCAAGUACUACUUCGAUACCGUUAAGACGUCCCGUUACUCAAGUUACGAUAAACAAUCACGUUACUCAUACGGUUUACGCCCCAACACCUUCACCGUCCGUUUUGAUAACACCAAAACCAAGCUCGAUAACUUCCAAACCGCUCAGAAGACCCACCACCGAAUUCCAGACCACUGGAGAGUCAGAAACGUCACUAAAUAACGAUCUAAUAAACUUUCCUCCGGUAAGAAAUCCAAAUCUGAAUAUAUCAGCUCCUCACGAGGAUGACAUAACAACGCCAUCCUUCGUAGAAGAUGAGGCGCUCAAUUCAAAAGUAGAAUCUUUUGUCAAUAAAAUUGUGCAAGGUUUGCAGGAACCGUUUCAAGGGCUAAAAGACGUCGUCUAUAAUAAAAAUACGACGUUGUUUGUCGAAACUACAACGAAAAAGACAACGAGAAAAACAACAAGCACUAAAAAACCUACGGCCACCGCCAAGCCGUCCACGAGAAGAACUACGAAAAGACCAUCCUCAGCCAGCGCCACAAAGAGAACAACAACAACUACAACAACAACGAGUAGAACUACACCGUUAAGAAAAAUUACAACGACAACGACCCCAUCGUACAUAGAAACAAUAGCCCCACCGUUAAGUUCCAACGAUUACAGACAUGUUUGCGGUAUACGGCCUCUAGUAAAAUCCGGUAGAAUAGUUGGUGGUAAGCAAGCAGCUUUCGGUGCAUUUCCAUGGCAAGUGCUAGUUAGAGAAUCCACAUGGUUAGGACUGUUCACGAAAAAUAAAUGCGGAGGAGUUCUAAUCAGUAAUAAGUUCGUGAUAACCGCUGCACACUGUCAACCAGGAUUUUUAGCUUCACUAGUGGCUGUUUUUGGCGACCACGACAUUUCGGGAGAUAAGGAAAAGAAAAGAGCCAUCACAAGGAACGUGAAGAGGGUCAUCGUUCAUCGAGAGUACGACCCGCUGACUUUCGAAAACGACUUGGCUUUACUCGAGUUGGAAAAUCCCGUCGCUUUUGACGAGCAUAUAAUACCAAUAUGUCUGCCAAAAGAGGGAACCGAUUUUACCGGUCGAGUGGCAACAGUAACCGGCUGGGGACGUUUGAAAUAUGGCGGUGCAGUGCCAUCAAUUUUGCAAGAAGUCCAAGUUCCAAUCAUGGAAAACCACGUAUGUCAAGAGAUGUUUAAAACAGCUCACCACGACAAGAAAAUCCGGGAAUCGUUCUUAUGCGCAGGAUACGCCAACGGCCAAAAGGAUUCAUGUGAAGGUGACUCAGGAGGACCCCUGGUGUUACAACGUGCCGAUGGUAGAUGGGAAUUAGCUGGUACAGUAUCCCACGGGAUAAAAUGUGCCGCUCCCUAUUUACCCGGGGUGUAUAUGCGCACAGCUUACUACAAACCUUGGUUAGAAUCCAUAACGGGUGUCCACUGACGCAAACGAAAAACCCGAUAGGGUACAACAGCCGAAGUGAAGAUAAAUGUGAUUACCAUUCUCAAAAUAAGAAAUGUAUUGAUU